AUGCCUGCAUUAGCUAACUUGCAUAGAGGAUGCAAAGUUUUUGCAGAUUCGAACUACGAUGAGGAUAAGUCAGAUGAACACACUGCUGAUCACACUAGGCUGUUUCUUCAAUUUUCAAUUUUGGGUUUCGGGGCUAUUGAAUUAUUAUUUAAAAAUAUUGUCUGGCUUUCAAAGUACCUCUUUAAUCAAUUCUCCUUUAACGAUGUUCUGAGGAUGAGAAAUCCCGGCAUUGAUUCAUUCAUUAAUCAUCCUACCCAUUUAGGAUUUCUAGCAUAUAUUUACAUGACAGUGCAUCUUUCAUUUACUCCAAAUCCCAUUCAGAGAUCACUUAUUCCCUCUAGAGAUCCAUUUUAG